AUGCCCCUGGACGAAGAAACCCGCAGACGUCUCGAUGCCGACGAACCCGCGCAGAGCGCGCGAGACGCGUCGUUCAAGCGCAAACGCGGCGCCGAGCGCGCCAACGGCGCCGCCGGCAAAAAGCGCGGCGGCGACCCUUUCGGUCCCGCCGCCGUCGCCCGUCGAGCGAUCGACGCGGCGUGCCAAAGAGACGAGUUCGACGCCGCCUGGAAGACGUUCGAGGAGGCGCGAGAGAAAGAAGGGACGUACACUCUCGCGCCGCACUCGUGUAACGUGUUGUUGCACAUGUGCGCGGGCGGCUCGGGCGCGUGGACGAGCGGAAUGGCGAGCGCGGAGUGCGUUCGAGGAGAUAAGGCUGUGGAGAUCACGUCGUACAUGGAGAAACACGGGAUCGCGAUGAAUGAAAUGAGCUACACCGCGUUGGCGCGCGUGCGAGCGGCGAGCGGGGACGUGGACGGAGCGCUCGAGGCGGCGGCUCUAUGCAAGGAGAAGAAGUUGACCCCAAAAGUGCGGACGUACGCGUGCGCUUUGCACGCGUGCGCGCGAGGCGGUGAUCUGCGAAAAAUGGAGAGGGUGGACGCGAUCAUGCGCGGCCACGGAUUGUUGCCCACCGAGUUGGAAUUCAUGGAGAUGUUAAAGGCGUAUCGUAUCGCAGAGGAGUUCGACGCGGGUUUCGACAUGUUACGUAAGAUGCGCACGGAGAUUCGAUGCCCGAGCGAUGAAAUGUGCGAGGAGCUACGAGUGUGGUUUGGUGCCGCUCCGGGAUGGUGCGUCGCGGACGAAGUGAGCGUGGACGAGGCGGGAACCGCCGUGGCCGUGCUCGUCAUGGACGAAAAGCGCAUCCAAAUUCAGCUCAAAGCCAUCAGCUUGACAGAAGACGAACGCGAAAAUCUCCUUUCAGGCAUAGCAAAAUUAGCGUGCGAACGGGAGGCCAUCUCUGAGUUCGAAAACUUCAUGAACUGGCUGAAAGGAAAAAAGGAUGGCAUGAACGCCGUUGUGGAUGGCGCGAACGUUGGGAUGUACAACCAAAACUUCUCAACGUCGGGCAUGAACUUCAAUCAGGUUGAGAAAGUGCUCGAGAAGCUUCGUCAAAACGCACGAGAAGGAGAUGCGCCGCCGAUGGUGUUUUUGCAUCAACGCCGCGUCGAGAACGGACCGGCGCGGAAGCCACAAAAUCAAGAGCGCCUGGCUAAAUGGGAUUCCGCGGGCGAGCUCUUCACCACGGCGCACGGUUCAAACGACGAUUGGUAUUGGCUGUACGCCGCAGUUCACGCUGGUGAUAAGGCUGUUCUCGUCACCAAUGAUGAGUGCAGAGACCACGUUUUCCAAAUGCUCCCGGCGCCCAAGUUAUUCUAUCGCUGGAAGGAGCGCCAUCAAGUACGCUUCUCCUUCACCACUGGCGAGGUCGACCUUGAGUAUCCAGCGUUGUUCACCACUUGCAUGCAGGAAGCGGAUGAUGGCUCGUGGUGGAUGUUCCCUCAGGAAGACGAUGGCUGGCUGUGUGCGUGCAAGCAAUGA